CACUACCUUGCAUCAAUUUCAGAUCCCCAUAUAUUCACAAAACCAUUUCACAUACUGUUUGACGACUUGUAUGCUGAUCAUCUUAUCAACCCUUGUUGUCGUCACUGUUCAACAAUGGACACCACAAGAUUAUCCCAAUCCUCGGAACAACUACAAACAAUGCAAAAUGGUUUUUUCUAGUAACAUUUGUGAUCCUGAUGAAGCUUUUGAUAUGUCGGGUCGGUUACGGUUAAACCACGAGAUGCGGCAAAUGACGGAAAGAACAUCAAGUGGGAACAAAUGGUGUACCAGGAAGGGCAUGGAUGCCACACUUGCUAUUGUUCGACAGGGAACACAACAAUUUGCAAAUGGUCUUCGGGACUCAUGGAAUACGGACGACCAAUGCAAAAAUAGUGCUGUAUUUCUGUGGAGCUCCAACAACCGCCAGCUUUAUUUUGCACGAAGGCCAAACGCUGUGUUACAAGAUGCAGAAUUCCAAGCUAUCCUGAGAGCACACAGCAAGGAUAUACAAACAGGAUCAGCUUUGGCACUGGCUAACAUCUUCAAAGAAAUGGGCAGGAAAGGAGAGUGGACUACCCCUGGUUCAGCCACUACUAAACGAUCGGCCUCAUCUGUUCUAUUUUAUGGAGUUACUGCCCUUGCUAUUGCUCUCAGUUUGAUUAUACCCUAAAAUUUGUUGAUUUUUGAAUUUAUGCUCACUCUAAGCGUAAGCUUGCUUUGUGUAUAGCAAAGGCUAUCGCGAAUUUUUUUUGCGUAAAUGUAACAGAAUUUCUUUUAAAUGCUUGGCGAAGCACUAGCCAGU